GAGGGGUCAGAGACAUGCAGCUUGGGGCCCAGCUCCGGUACCGCGCCCCGUAAAGGGCUGAUUUUCCACCUCGCCACUCACCUACGGGAAGCCAAGACCACACCAGCUUAGAUCUCUCUGGUGCUGGUGAAACGGAACACAACCAGAGUAUGGAUAUGGGAAACCAACACCCCUCUAUUAGUAGGCUUCAGGAAAUACAAAAGGAAGUGAAAAGCAUAGAACAGCAAGUAAUGGGCUUCAGUGGUCUGUCAGAUGACAAGAAUUACAAGAAACUGGAGAGGAUUCUAAUGAAACAACUUUUUGAAAUAGACUCUGUGGAUACUGAAGGGAAAGGAGAUAUUCAACAAGCUAGGAAGAGGGCAGCACAAGAGACAGAGCGUCUUCUCAAAGAGUUGGAGCAGAAUGCAAACCACCCACACCGGAUCGAAAUAGAGAACAUCUUCAGAGAAGCCCAGUCCCUGGUGAGAGAGAAGAUUGUGCCGUUUUAUAGUGGCGGCAACUGCGUGAAUGAGGAGUUUGAAGAAGGCAUUCAGGAUAUCAUCCUGAGGCUGACGCACGUUAAAACCGGAGGGAAGAUCUCCUUGCGGAAAGCCAGGUACCACACCCUCACCAAGAUCUGUGCCGUGCAAGAGAUCAUCGAGGACUGCGUGAAAAAGCAGCCGUCCCUGCCGCUCUCCGAGGACACGCAUCCUUCUGUUGCCAAAAUUAACUCUGUGAUGUGUGAGGUGAACAAGGCAAGAGGCACCCUGAUCGCACUGCUGGUGGGAGUCGACAACAACGAGACGUGCAGGCACUUGUCCUGCGUGCUCUCGGGGCUCAUUGCGGACCUGGAUGCCUUGGAUGUGUGCGGGCGAACAGAGAUCCGAAACUAUCGCAGGGAGGUGGUGGAGGAUAUCAACAAAUUAUUGAAAUAUUUGGAUUUAGAAGAGGAAGCAGGUACUACCUAUGCAUUUGACCUGGGACAGAAUCAUUCCAUCCUGAAAAUAGAAAAGGUCCUCAAGAGAAUGAGAGAAAUUAAAAAUGAACUCCUGCAAGCACAGAAUCCUCCUGAAUUGUACCUGAGCGCCAAAACAGAAUUGCAGGGCUUGAUUGGACAGCUGGAUGAGGUAAGUCUCGAGAAGAACCCCUGCAUCCGGGAAGCCAGGAGGAGAGCCGUGAUAGCAGUGCAGACCCUCAUCACUCACAUCGACCUGAAGGAAGCCCUGGAGAAAAGAAAGUCGAUUGUGUGCGAGGAGCACCCGUCGCACAAAGCUGUCUGGACUAUCCUGGGACACUUGUCCGAGAUCUUGGGAGAAGUUCUGUCAUUUGAUGGGAACCGGACUGAUAAGAACUACAUCCGGCUGGAGGAGCUGCUCACCAAGCAGCUGCUGGCCCUGGACGCCGUGGACCCACAGGGAGAGGAGAAGUGUAAGGCGGCCAGGAAGCAGGCUGUGAAGCUGGCCCAGAACAUCCUCAGCUAUCUGGACCUGAAAUCUGACGAGUGGGAGUACUGAGGCCCAGGGCCCCACGUCCGCACUUCCUGUUCUGCACUUUACACACGUGUAUGUAUUUACGGAGAGCUUUCGGUUCACUGAACCUAAAUGUGAUUUAUACGUGCAUAUUUCAAUCUCAGUAUUUAUGAUUUAAGCAAAUUAUAUUCAGUAUUUGCUGCUUUUGAUGUCGCAAAACAAAUACCAUUACAGCUCACUGACUUUUCCAUUUGGGUCAUUA